GAUUUUGUUUCAUUAUUAUUUUGUCAUCAACAAUUUACACGUCAACUUGCCCUUAAUUGUUUUUAGGCUUUUAGGUUUUUAAUUAAUUUUGAUAAACCAAAAAUGGUGCUAAUGACGAUGAUAGCCCGAGUCUCUGAUGGUCUACCAUUGGCAGCAUCAGUUCAAGAUGAUCGACAGAUGGGAAGAAAUGUCGUUGACUAUCAAAAUCAGGCUAAAAUGUUAUUCAGAAAAUUAAAUUUUGAGUCACCUAAACAAAUGUCCAUUGAAACCGGUAAUUACCUAUUCCACUAUUCUAUUGAGAAUGGAGUCUGUUACCUAGUCUUAUGUGAGAAAUCUUUCUCCAAGAGACUUGCUUUCAGUUAUCUGGAAGAUCUUCAAAAUGAAUUUAUUAACCAAUAUGGUCCAAGGAUCGCCAGUGCUACUCGACCUUAUUGUUUCAUUGAAUUUGACACAUACAUUCAAAAAGCGAAAAGAUCAUUUAUGGAUGCCCGAGCUAGAAGAAAUUUAUCACAAUUAAACAAUGAAUUACAAGAUGUUCAAAAGAUUAUGGUUCAGAAUAUUGAAGAUGUUCUUCAUCGAGGUGUAGCUAUAUCAGAUUUGGAUAACAAAGCAAGUAGCCUUUCAUUGAUGUCAGCAAAGUAUAAAAAAGAUGCCCAUCAAUUAAAUCUAAGGUCAAAAUAUGCCAAAGCCGCUGCCGUUGGAGUCAUUUUUACCGUAGUCAUAUUAUACUUUUGGGUUUUAUGAGCUAAUUGUCACACAAAAUACAUUAAAAAAAAUAUUUUUCUUGUGA